CCAAACACCGCAAAAAACUAUACCACACCACACUUCAAUCUCACCGAGCUCUCUGCCUCUCGCUUUCGUUAGAUUUCUCACUAAUUCCCAGCAAUCCGCUCUACGUUUAAUUCCGUAAUCCCAUACCGUAACCAUGGCGAAUGAGAAUCCAUUUAAAAGCAUACUGAAAAAGCUUGAAAAAGCUGACGGUGGUGAAUUUGGCAAGUAUUACAGCUUGCCUGCUCUUAAUGAUCCAAGAAUCGAUAGGCUACCGUUUUCAAUUAGGAUUCUUUUAGAGUCGGCUAUUCGAAACUGUGAUGAGUUUCAGGUUAAGAGUAAUGAUGUUGAGAAGAUUAUUGAUUGGGAGAAUUCUUCUCCUAAACAAGUUGAAAUUCCUUUCAAACCUGCCAGAGUACUUCUUCAGGAUUUUACUGGUGUUCCUGCUGUCGUUGAUCUUGCUUGCAUGCGAGAUGCCAUGAACAAUUUAGGAGGUGAUUCGAAUAAAAUUAAUCCAUUGGUUCCUGUUGAUCUUGUUAUUGAUCACUCAGUUCAGGUUGAUGUGGCGAGAUCAGAAAAUGCAGUACAGGCAAAUAUGGAAUUUGAGUUUCAAAGGAACAAAGAAAGAUUUGCUUUUCUCAAGUGGGGCUCAAAUGCAUUUCAUAACAUGCUUGUUGUUCCUCCUGGAUCGGGGAUAGUCCAUCAGGUCAAUUUGGAAUACCUCGGGAGAGUUGUAUUCAACACAAAUGGCGUGCUCUAUCCAGAUAGUGUAGUUGGAACUGAUUCACACACAACUAUGAUUGAUGGAUUGGGUGUUGCUGGUUGGGGAGUCGGUGGGAUAGAAGCAGAAGCUGCAAUGCUUGGCCAGCCCAUGAGCAUGGUCUUGCCUGGUGUUGUUGGGUUUAAGUUGUCAGGAAAACUGAGAGAUGGAAUUACAGCUACUGAUUUGGUUUUGACAGUAACACAAAUACUGAGAAAGCAUGGGGUUGUUGGCAAGUUCGUGGAGUUUUAUGGUGAAGGUAUGAGUGAACUGUCAUUAGCCGACCGUGCUACUAUUGCCAACAUGUCACCGGAGUACGGUGCAACCAUGGGUUUCUUUCCUGUUGAUAAUGUUACACUUCAGUAUCUCAAACUGACCGGCAGAAGUGAUGAAACUGUCUCCAUGAUAGAAUCUUAUUUAAGGGCUAACAAGAUGUUUGUGGAUUACAGUGAGCCCCAGGCUGAGAGAGUUUACUCCUCAUAUCUAGAGUUGAAUCUUGAGGAUGUGGAGCCCUGCAUAGCAGGACCCAAAAGGCCUCAUGACCGAGUUCCUCUAAAAGAAAUGAAAGCAGAUUGGCAUUCAUGCUUGGACAGUAGGGUCGGAUUUAAGGGAUUUGCUAUACCAAAGGAAUCUCAGAGCAAAGUAGCAGAGUUCGAUUUCCAUGGGACCCCUGCACAACUCAGACACGGUGAUGUUGUUAUAGCUGCUAUUACUAGUUGCACAAAUACAUCAAACCCAAGUGUAAUGCUUGGAGCUGCUUUGGUUGCAAAGAAAGCUUGUGAACUAGGAUUGCAGGUCAAACCAUGGGUUAAAACAAGUCUUGCUCCAGGCUCAGGGGUUGUUACCAAAUACUUGGAAAAGAGUGGCUUGCAGAAGUUUUUGAAUCAGUUGGGUUUUCAUAUAGUUGGUUAUGGAUGCACCACCUGCAUUGGUAAUUCAGGUGAUAUUGAUGAAGCAGUGGCAUCAGCUAUUACUGAAAACGAUCUAGUGGCAUCUGCUGUAUUGUCUGGGAAUCGGAAUUUUGAGGGUCGAGUACAUCCUUUAACAAGAGCUAAUUAUCUUGCCUCUCCUCCACUUGUGGUUGCCUAUGCGCUUGCUGGAACGGUUAACAUUGAUUUUGAAACAGAACCAAUUGGAUUGGGAAAAGAUGGGAAGAAAAUAUAUUUCAGGGAUAUUUGGCCAUCUAAUGAAGAAGUUGCAAAUGUUGUCCAAUCAAAUGUGCUCCCAGACAUGUUCAAGGCUACCUAUGAAGCAAUCACAAAAGGAAACCCCAUGUGGAACAAUUUAUCUGUACCUUCUGGCACUCUCUACUCAUGGGAUCCAAAAUCAACAUACAUACACGAUCCGCCAUAUUUCAAAACCAUGACCAUGUCACCCCCUGGACCACAUGGCGUCAAGAAUGCCUACUGCUUGCUCAAUUUUGGGGAUAGUAUUACAACUGAUCACAUUUCACCAGCUGGUAGUAUCCACAAAGACAGUCCUGCUGCUAGAUAUCUCAUGGAACGUGGUGUUGACAGAAGGGAUUUUAACUCUUAUGGAAGUCGCCGUGGUAAUGAUGAGAUUAUGGCAAGAGGCACCUUUGCCAACAUUCGUAUUGUCAACAAACUAUUGGGAGGAGAAGUUGGACCCAAGACAGUUCAUAUCCCAAGUGGAGAGAAGCUCUCUGUUUAUGAUGCAGCAAUGAGGUACAAGAGAGAAGGGCAUGCUAUGGUUAUCUUGGCCGGUGCUGAGUAUGGGAGUGGAAGUUCUCGUGAUUGGGCUGCCAAGGGUCCAAUGUUAUUGGGUGUAAAAGCGGUGAUAUCUAAGAGCUUUGAGCGAAUUCAUCGCAGUAAUUUGGUUGGCAUGGGUAUUUUACCAUUGUGUUAUAAGACUGGUGAGGAUGCUGAAACACUUGGAUUGACUGGUCAUGAGCGCUACAGCAUCGAUCUUCCAAGCAGUGUUAGUGAAAUUAGACCCGGUCAAGAUGUCACAGUAACAACAGACAACGGCAAGUCUUUCACAUGUAUUUUGCGUUUCGAUACAGAGGUGGAACUGGCAUAUUUCGAUCAUGGAGGCAUUUUGCCAUUUGUCAUUAGGAACCUCAUUCACGCCAAACACUGAAAUGGCAACAAAUCAGUUUGCAACAAGGUUUGUUUGAAGAUGUUUGAGCAGAUGAGUAAUAAAACAGGACCAGCUAAAAUGUUAGCUCUCUCUUUUAGUACAGAGCCAGUCAGAUUAUGAAUAAAUCAAGAACUGAGGUUGGAUAAUUGACACGGAAGAAGAAUAAUUCCAUGUUGAAUCGGGUCACUAUCGAUAGACAUUAUAAAUGCUAGUUUUUGACUGGAAAAGGCUAUCUAGUUCCUUUAUAAUUUGGUUAGAAAUGUGAAAUUGAACCAAUGAUUGUAAUUUUUCUAGCUAUAAAUUCAUGAUUGCUAUUUAUCUUUCA